AUGAUGAUGAUGGUCGUGCCAGCCUCAUUUGCAUUAGUACAAGAAACACACGUGAUUGCACAAUGUCGGCACUGGAAGAACAAUUCAUGCAUCUUUUCACCAUUGGAUCCCGUGUGCUUUACAGGAUUAAAACUUGCACAACAAACUGUGUGUAAGGCAGAUUUAACUGUAGCAGUCAAGCAGAUUGACUGGCAAUCGUCUACUGGUGGGCGUGGAUCAGUAGACAGUCUCCUCAUCAAUGGCGUCGAAAUGCUGCCGUCCCCAGUACACCCGUCCCAAAUGUAUAUGAUAGCAAAUUAUCCUCAUUGUGAUGACAUGUUUAAUAUUUUCCCACCCUGGGGAAAUGGAAUUAUUGGACCAGAAGGACACAAGUCGAUCAUUCCAGAGAUUACCAGUGACAGCUUGUCAAUAUCAAUUCACUAUAGCUGGAACGGUCCUCACGAUGAUUUUCCCGUAUGUUCUAUGGCUGGUGUCUCCAUUGCGGGCUAUGCAGAAAUCAAUAUUUAUCUCGAGGCGCAGGAAAAUGCAGUUUGUCCAGGAUGGGAUGGCGCCUCGCACAUCGCUUGCUUCGGUAAUGGCGAUUGUGUCUGUGCUGCAAACGAUAUAAGUCCACGUAUCUGUUCAUGCGUAACCGGAUAUGCUGCUCCAGAUUGCCGCGACUGCGACAGCGGAUUUUUCGGUAAGCAAUGUAAGCAAACCUGCGAGCCGUGCCUCAACGACGGUCUUUGCGAUUCAGGCUUGCUGGGCUCAGGAAAGUGUAUGUGUCUUGAGGGGUUUAACCCAGAUACCCGGUGUGCAACGUGCUUGACCGGAUAUUUUGGAGAGAAAUGCGAGCGGUGUCCGGAUUGCAACUUUCCGCACGGAAAUUGCGAUGACGGUCUAACAGGCAGCGGUCGCUGCGCAUGUGCCGUUGGCUUUGACUCAGAUAACAACUGUAUGGAGUGUAUGAACUCUUUUUUUGGACGGACAUGCCAGCCAUGUAAACCUUGCGAUGGCGGCAAGUGCAAUUUUGGUCUUCUUGGUGAUGGAGAAUGCGUGUGUGCCGAAGGAUUUUCAUCCGAGUCACGGUGCCUUGAGUGCGAGAGGGACUUUUAUGGACCGUCGUGCACUCCAUGCCGCACAUGUAAUAACCAUGGCCACUGCAAUGACACCAAUUCUGGUGACGGAGGAUGCCUGUGCGACGAAGGUUAUACCCCUGAGAGUCGAUGCUCUCUUUGCGACGACGGCUGGGAUUUUAACCCAAUGACUAUGUCAUGCCAGUGUGCACCGCAGCAUUUUGGAGCCCAUUGUCGGUCAUGUCCAAUCUGUGCCCCGCACGGGCACUGCAACUCUGGGGUCGAUGGAGACGGGCGGUGCAUCUGCGAUGUUGGAUGGUCCGACUCAAACAACUGCGUGGGAUGCAUGAGUAGCUACUACGGCGAGACUUGCAUUUCCUGUCGCAAGUGUGGUGAAGGACGUUGUGAUGAUGGAUUGUAUGGCACGGGUAAGUGCAAUUGCCACCGCGGCUGGGACUCCCUCACAGACUGCUACGAUUGCGAAGAAGGUUUUUUUGGUGAGAAUUGCCAAGAGUGCCCGUACGACUGUGGUCAUGGUACUUGCUCCAGUGGCCUUAACGGGACUGGAGAAUGUUUGUGCCAUGAGGGUUGGAAACUCGAAGGAAAACUUCCUUGUACCAGUUGUGCCGAAGGCUACAUUGGACCAACUUGCCAAUUGUGCCCAGCGUUUAUGGAGAGUGAAAUAGCUUGCAGCGGUCAUGGUCAGUGUGUCCUAUCAGGGACGCAAGCAGUAUGUCGCUGUGAUGCUCGCUACGGCGGCGAUGGCUGUGAAUCAUAUGAUUUUCCGUUUGCAAUGGUCGCCAUUCUGGGCACCAUUGCACUCUCAACGUUAGGUUUCUGCAUGUGCACCAUGCGUCGCCUUGCCCGCCAGCCACAUGCCUUUCAGGGGCCAUUCCUGAACCGUGGAAACAGCUUCUCGCAGUCCGAGUACGUUGAGAUUUCGGAUAUGGCGGACCUAGAGUACUUUGUCUCCAACGACAGUCGCGACUGGCUCAUCCCGUUCGAUUCACUAUCACUACAGCGCGAGGUGGGUAAUGGAACAUCUGGCCAGGUUUUCCGCAGUUUGUUGCACAGUGGCGGCGGCAGCUCAGUGGUAGCUGUCAAACGACUGUACAGUCCUGUGACCGGCCAGGAAUAUUUUCAGAGCUUCUUUCGACGUGAGGUUAGCAUUUUGAGUCGUCUGCACCACCCAAAUGUCGUGCGCUUCUAUGGUGUGAGUUACUACAACCGCGUGUUGUAUAUCGUGACAGAUUUUUGUCCUAGGUCAUUGAGUGCACUCAUUGAGAAUCCAGCAGCCAAAGGCCCUUUAGAAGAAUCCGUUUUCAUGAAAGUGAUUAGCCAGAUUGUAAGCGGCAUGGGCUUCUUGCAUAGUCGUCACGUCGUACAUCGUGACCUGAAGCCUGCAAACGUGCUCAUUUCAGAGACAGACGAUAUCAACAUUUGCGAUUUCGGUCUGUCGCGGCUUAUCGAGCCGGAUGCUACAACCAUGACCGCAGAAGUUGGUACGCCAAGUUACAUGGCACCUGAGAUGGCUACCAUGGGUGGUAUCCAGUGCUCUACAAAAGGUGACGUGUAUUCGUUUGGCAUUUUGCUUUACUCCACCUGGUCUCGUAGUAAGCCCUACGGUGAUCAAGGCAUGAAUCCGUUCCAGCUGAUGACGGCAGUCGUGAAUGGUCUUCGACCGGUGAUUACGAUUAAUUGUCCGCCCGCUCUGGCACGUCUGAUGCGAUCAUGUUGGCAUGAAAACCCGGAUAUACGUCCUUCGUUUCCGGAGAUUAGCCAAAUUCUAAAGGACCAGUGGCUCCUCUCCAUGUUCGGUGAAAAUGAGGAGGAAUACUAUUACCCUGAGACCCUUGGACGUGUGCCGUCUUCGCAGCUCUUGUCGGCUUCCUCGUCCAUGUCUACAAUCGCUGCCGCAGCUUCUAGCCACCGCUGCGGCAGUAGAGAUGAUGCCAAAGCGAUAUCAUCGUCAGCGUCGCCUCACCGCAGCGGUAACUGUAAGACCUACCAAGAAGAAGAAGAAGAAGCCGCCUCCCCUCGAGAAAAUGAUCACCUUUUAAAUGAAGAAAAGCGGCCACGAUAG